AUGCCAGUCACAAGUUCGCGAUCGCCGUGGCUCGCCAACAUCCCAGACCAGGCUUGUCUCGAGGUGCGUUUUUCUUCUUUUCGCUUCCUCCUUCAAUCGGCGGCGUCCAACCGAGGACCGGAGCUCCGACAACUCAACGUGUCGACGAGUCUUGAGGUGCUGAAGAACUGGCCUGAGAAGACUAUUAAAGUUAUUGUGGUUACAGAUGGUGAACGUAUUUUGGGACUUGGAGACCUUGGAUGUCAGGGUAUGGGAAUUCCUGUAGGCAAACUUGCUCUUUAUACAGCUUUAGGAGGACUUCGUCCGUCUGAAUGUUUACCCAUUACAAUUGAUGUGGGGACAAACAAUGAAGAGUUACUAAACAAUGAGUUCUACAUUGGUUUAAGACAAAAGCGUGCUAGAGGCCAGGAAUAUGAUGACCUUCUCCAUGAGUUUAUGUGUGCUGUUAAGCAACAAUAUGGCGAGAAAGUCCUAAUUCAGUUUGAAGACUUUGCCAACCAUAAUGCAUGUGAUUUGCUAGCAACAUAUAGCAGGACCCAUCUCGUCUUUAAUGAUGACAUCCAGGGAACUGCCUCUGUGGUUCUUGCUGGACUUGUUGCAUCACUAAAAUUGGUUGGAGAGACCUUAGCAAACCAUACCUAUUUGUUUCUUGGGGCUGGAGAGGUUCCUAGGCAGCCAGAUGCAAAAUAAUGUGGUUAUUACAUGAUGAGAUUUAUGAGACAAAUUACUGAAGAAA